CAGCUCCCCAGAUGGCUCUUACUAUACGGAGGAAAAUCGUUCCUUCGGUACGGCACGGUUCUCCUCAGGCGCUUCGAUGCAGUCAAACAGGUCUGAGCGAUCGUACAGCACCAGUCCUUUCUCGUCCAUCGUCGUAGUCGCACCGUCACACGUGCACAUACAAGAGAGACAGAAGGAGAGGGGGGAGAGAAAGAGAGAGAGAGAGAGAGAAAAAGAUUAAGAGUAUACAAAGACGACCAAGCAGCGACCGAGGAGGAAAAGAGGUGAAGGAAAAAAAUCGCAAGAAAACAGCGGGGGAAGUAGAAAAGAAGGAGAGGGAGAGAAAAAGAGAAGGAAUAGAAUAAAUAUCGGACGAGGAAGUGCGUGAAUUACGAUCGAUCGAAAUUGUAUGGUUCAAUCGGCGGAAUCGAAACCACCGGCAUGACACCGCCGGUAGCAGUCUAUGCACAACAAAAUUGACUGGGUACAGCCAAGCUUUCAAGAGAACCACCGGCCAUUGCGCGGAAGAAACGACUUUCAUCGAAUUCGAGGGUUCAAUAAUUGAAGAACUAUGUGAUCGAAGAGAUAAGGCAUAAUAAGAGCAAACAUAACGUUACCUGAGAACGAGAGAUGUGUGACAUAUAAUAGCAGAUUGGAACAGUUGCUUCGGCGGGAACACUAUUCUUAUUUUGUUGACUCAGUGAUCCGAAAAACGGGACUGACAUUUGCGUGGAUUUCCAACUUAUUUAAGUGAGAUGAACCAACAGUGCAGGGUAUGCGACGAACCCGCAGCGGGGUUUCAUUUCGGGGCGUUCACGUGCGAGGGUUGCAAGUCAUUCUUCGGUCGCACGUAUAACAACCCCACUAACGUGACGGCGUGUAAGAACGGCGGCAAUUGCAUAAUUAACAAGAGGAACCGGACGGCUUGCAAAGCCUGCCGGUUAAAGAAAUGCCUGGACGUCGGUAUGUCCAAGUCGAGCUCGCGCUACGGGCGGCGUUCGAACUGGUUCAAGAUCACUUAUUUCUCGGACCAGAUAAGGCGAUGUAGCCAAAAUACGAACGAGAUGGCAUCGCUCCGUCGUUCCGGUAUCGCUUCGUCCUUUCGUUACCAACCGCAAAGUGACGGCAGCAACGAGACGGACAAUGGCCCGUCGACCAGUCAGGAAAAUCCAACGAUCCCGUAUCCCUACCACAUACCAUCGCCCGCGAUGCUGCAGAGAUCGGACGGAUCGCCGCAUCCAUCGUCCGACGACAUAGCAUUGUACCAGCAGCUCUAUCUGCGCAAUUGGUACUUGGGGGAACAUCAGCCGUCACUGUCAUCCGUGACAACGCCCCCGCCGACAUCGAGGGAAGUCUCGUCAUCGCCCUUCGACAAUCGUUCGCCGCGGCAACAGAGUCCGUCCGCGGAGGCUUCCGCAAUAUUCACUCCGGGGACAUCGUUUUACUCAUCGGAGUGUCACCGAUCACCCGUGCCGGCGGAAUCAAUAUCGAGAAACACGAGAAACGCCGAUGGAUCCGAGAGCGAGUCCAACGAUGAGGACCAUCUUCGCGACGUGCAGUCCAGGAGCAGUUCAAGUCGAUCGCCGUCUACACCCACGAGAGCAAACGAGCAGGAGCCGUCCAAACCGCGAGUAUCGAUCAAUGGCAUGCUCAUGCUGACAGGUCAACAUUCCCUCUUAUUCCCAGGGGGAAUGUUCACGUCGGAGACACAUUCGUUCCCGUCUACAUGGAGGUAUAACAAUCUACUUCUGGUCAAUUCUAAUCCUAGUAAUUCCACCGGCGAUGAACCGAUGGACCUCAGCAUGCGGGCGAGUGGCAGUCCGCCGCGGUCCAGAGAAUCACCGGAGAAGGAAGGGAAAGAGGAAGAACGGGACGAAAAGAACGACAAGUCGCCAAAGGAAGAGACCACGGCAUAUCCGCUCGAUUUAACGCUUUCCACCGGUACGUCCUUGACGGCGAAUUGUUUUUGAGGGCCGUCACUGGACCGGGGUAAAUUUUCGGAAUUUCGACUCGUCUCUGAAGAAACGCGCGGAAACACCCUCGAAGGUCCGCGUGGUUUCGCGAGAAACGAUGAACAAUAUUCAUCAUAGUUACAAUUCCAUUGAUAACGUGAAUAGAAACGAAUAACGUAGCGAGGAUCGUGAUGUAUAUAGAACAAUUUUCGCGAUGGAAAAACAGCGACGUUGACGGAGCGCGAGGAAAGGCUGGUCACUUGGACCACCGGUCAAAGAUAGUACCAUCAUGAAAAUGUGUUCAUUUUGUACAUAAAUGUAACAGAAUUCGAACCGAUUAAAUGGACGCAAUUUAGAUUGGUUUAAUUUAUUUUAGGCUAACAAAUGUGUGUGUGUAUAUAUACAUAUAAUAUAUACACAUACACAUACACACAUAUACAUAUAUCUAUAUAUGUAUGAGUGCAGCCGUUUUUAAUAGAUUAUUACUGGUGUAGCUAAAAAGAUAUCCGUUUAAAAACUUUAGGCGGAUCUAUACAGUCAUUCUCCAAUCGAUAUCGUUUCGAACAAACACAUAGACACAGUUUAUUUCGUUGUACAAGUAGCUGGGAGAUUGACUGUAGGGAAUGCUACAUUUUCGUUGGCAUGCAAGCUAAAGAUAAAGAUUAUAUUUUGCAUACGGUAAGUCAGAGUGAGAUAUUGGCCAGUAAAAGUUUUAGUAUACAUAUUUAUAUCAGUAUAUCAUACACUCGCGCAAUACAUACAGAUACAUACAAACAAACACGCACGCAUAUCCAGAUAUAUAUAUAUACGUUUCAUCCAAUAUGAUUUGAAAUAUUUUCACUACUAUCGAUGGUAUGGAAGAAUGUGUAAAAAGAUAUUAUUACUAUUAUUAUUACCAUUAGUAUUAUUAUUGUUAUUAGACUCAAUUAUUAUCGUUAUUGUCAUUAUUAAAAGAGUAUCAUCAUUAUUGUUAAGCAUUAUUUAUCAAGUGUUCCGGGAAGAAACCUUCUAAAAAAAUAAACGCAAUAAAUGCAAAAAUAAAUAUAUAUAGGGUGGAUAAUUUACGUGAUAUAUACAUGUAUACUGCACUCCUAAACGUUAAAAAAAUUAAUUUCUUUCCUUUUAUACGGAGAUUAAAUAUGACAAUGUGUCUUUUCACAUUUGGACAUUCUCGCAGUAUUAUACCAUUUGUACAAUUCCGUAGUAUGUUGCAGCAUAAUAAGAAAAUCUUCUGCGGCUGUUGUCUUUACUUAAUAUUUUUGUCCGAAAUUUAAUAUCAUAGAUAAUGUUAACUUCUCCAUUCAAAACCCAUAGAAUAAUACGCUGCUACAUUUCGCGAAUCGGCCUUAACGAAGAAACAACAUUGAGGCCGAUUAAUAUUUAGUAAAAUAAAUCACACAUUGGUUUAUAGAUUGCAAAAUUGAAUUUUUUCCUACAAUCAUCUUUUUUCAGAAAGAUCUUUUGGAAAAAGCCUUUAAGAAUGAGCACAUUCAAGGAGAAACAAAGAAGUAGCACACGAAAAAAAAAUGUAUUUCUAUUUCUUUAGAUAUAUUCAACAUAUCUAAAUAAAUACAUAAAUUCAGUUUUCACAAUUCUGACUACACUUAAUUCUUUUGUUUCUCUUUUUUACUAGUCCGGAAUAUUUCAAUUUUGUGAUUACUAUUUAUCAUUCUUAAUGUCUACGACAUUAAUUAGUACAAUGAUAUUAGCUAUGUAAUUCAUUGUUAAAGACAUUCCAAAUAUGUAAAUUUGUAUCUAAAUUCAGGAAGAAAGAAGUUGUAAAUAAAUUUUUAUUAAAAAAAAA